AGACAAAGUCGAACAUGAAAAUUUCAACUGGCAGUCAAAAAAGCUAAAACAACAACAGCAGCAGCAGCAGCAGCUGAGCUGAGUUGAGCUUAGCUACUCCUUUCUUUUCCCCUUUUUUCCUCUCUCUUUCUUUGUCUCCAAACAGUCAAAUGUCAGCUGCCUAUUUCCCUCAUCUUCCUCUUCCUCUUCCUCCAUUUUGUUUCCUCUUCUAACCGCCAUCUCUCAUCUCUGUAAGCAAGGGAAAACAGAAACCCUAACUCUAACGCAGAGCAUCAAGCGGCGCCGGCAGCUCAGCCAUGAAGAAGAACAUUCUUAUUUUGGCGACAUCCUCGCUUUUGCUCUUUAAUUUCUUGCUCUCUUUCGCCAUCGAAGAUGACAUCGCCUGUCUUGAAGGACUGAAAAACUCCCUUACUGGCGCCGACUCCCCUCUUUCCACCUGGAGCUUCAGCAACCGCUCAUCCACCUCCGUUUGCCAGCUCACCGGCGUUUCGUGCUGGAAUGAGAAGGAAAACCGAAUCAUUAGCCUCCACCUCCCUUCCAUGAAGCUGUCGGGUCAGCUACCGGACUCUUUGAAGUACUGUCGGAGCCUCCAGAUUCUAGAUCUUUCUAACAACUCUCUCUCCGGUCCCAUUCCUAGCGAUAUAUGCUCUUGGCUUCCUUACCUCGUUCAUCUCGAUCUCUCUGGUAACCUUUUCUCUGGUUCCAUCCCUCUUCAGAUUGUCGACUGUAAGUUCCUAAACGACCUCGUUUUAUCCGAUAACAAAUUGUCUGGUUCGAUCCCUUACGAGCUAGCUCGGUUGGACCGCCUUAAACGGUUUUCCGUUGCCGGUAACGACUUGUCUGGCUCCAUCCCCUCUGAUCUAGCCAGAUUCGGGGAAGAUGGUUUUGAUGGUAACCAUGGACUUUGUGGGAAACCCUUAUCAAAAUGCGGUGGAUUGAACGCUAAAAAUCUGGGAAUUAUCAUAAUAGCUGGUGUGACUGGCGCCGCAGUUUCGUUAAUCGUCGGUUUCGCCAUUUGGUGGUGGUUCUUUCUCCGAGCCGGCGCAGGCGAAAAAAGAAAGAAAAGUUACGAUGUGGAUGUCCAAGAUGGUAGUAGUUGGAUUGAACUGCUGAAAUCUCAUAAGCUUGCUCAAGUAUCGUUAUUCCAAAAGCCAAUAAACAAGAUUAAAUUGGCGGAUUUAAUGGUGGCAACGAACAAUUUCGAUGCGGAGAACGCAGUUAUUUCGACCAGGACUGGAGUUUCCUACAUGGCGGUGUUGCCGGACGGCUCUGGCUUGGCGAUUAAGAGGUUAAGCACUUGUAAGCUUAGUGAGAAACAGUUUAGGUCGGAAAUGAAUAGGUUAGGACAACUUAGGCAUCCAAAUUUGGUUCCGCUCUUAGGGUAUUGUGUUGUGGAAGAAGAGAGGCUUUUAGUUUAUAAGCAUAUGCCUAAUGGGACAUUGUAUUCUCAGUUGCAUGGAGGAAAUCUUAUUGGUUUUGGGAAUGGGAAGUUUGAGAUUUUGGAUUGGUCAACUAGGCUUAAGAUUGGCGUUGGUGUUGCUAGAGGCUUAGCUUGGCUUCACCAUGGAUGCCAACCGCCGUAUGUUCAUCAGUAUUUUAGUUCCAAUGUCGUGCUUCUCGAUGAUGAUUUCGAUGCUCGAAUAGCUGAUUUUGGUCUAGCAAGAUUGAUGGGGUCUCGUGAUUCGAAUGACAGUUCAUUUAUGAAUGGGGAUUUAGGGGAGUUUGGAUAUGUGGCUCCUGAGUAUUCUAGUACCAUGGUUGCUUCCUUGAAAGGGGAUGUUUUUAGUUUUGGGGUAGUGUUGUUGGAACUGGUUACAGGUCAAAAGCCGAUCGGAGUUAGCAAUGCAGAGGAAGGGUUUAAGGGGAAUUUGGUGGACUGGGUUAAUCAAUUGUUCAGCACUGGUCGAAGCAAGGAUGCUGUUGAUAAAGCAUUGUUAGGAAAAGGGUGCGAUGAUGAAAUUAUGCAGUUUCUGAGAGUUGCUUGUACUUGUGUGGUGCCUAGGCCAAAGGACAGACCUUCUAUGUACCAGGUAUAUGAAUCGCUGAAGAUCAUGGGUGAGAAACAUGGUGCCUUGGAACAGUAUGAUGAAUUUCCAUUGAUCUUUGGGAAACAACAAGAACAUGAUAAUUAGGAGCGAACCCUUGUUUGGGGGGAAUGAGAUGCAUAAGCAGCAGCUGAAAGAACUGAAUCUUUUUAUCUUCUACUUUGUGGUUUUGAGAUUUGGGCAUAUAUAUCUGCAUUGGUGUAUGGUAUCUUCUUUUUAAAGGCAUUUUCUGCAAUUGGUAUGAUUUCCGCUUGAACAGGAUUCCUUGUUUAAAUGGUACUUUGUUGGAGAAUUCUGUAAAUUACAUGAAGCAUCAUCACGCACUGUAGUGAUCACUAGCUUCAUUGCAGUUGAAAAAAAUUUCUUUUAUCA